AUGUUUACCCGCCGUUUAACAACUCAAAAUUUCUGUUCAUUUCACAAUGCACACCAACUGUUUGAUACAAUUACUAAACCAGCUCUUAUCUCCAUUCACCAUUCCAUGCUCAAUUAUAUACAGCAAAACCGCAAAAUUGAAGCUCUUAAUCUCUUCAAGAAUCAACUCCAAAUGGGUAUAUCAGAAAUUGAUGAAGUUGUUGUAGCUUUAGCUCUAAAGGGUUGUCGAGAAGAUGUGAAUCUUGGAACUCAAGUUCAUAGCUUGGCGAUUAGGAGUGGGUUCAUUGAGCACGUAACUGUUCCAAAUUCAUUGAUGAGUAUGUAUAGUAAAACUGGAAAGUUUAAUAAUGCUAUGUGUGUAUUUGAUGGGUUGAACUUCCCAGAUAGAGUUUCUUAUAACACCCUGCUUUCGGGGUUCGAAAAUGGUAUAGAGGCAUUGGGUUUUGUUCAUUGGAUGCAUUCUGUUGGGGUUGUUUACGAUGCUGUAAGUUAUACUACUGCUAUUAGCCAUUGUACGGAUGAAGAGGAAUUUCGUUUUGGUAUUCAGUUGCAUUCACUUGUAAUGAGGUUCGGAGUUGAGAAUGAUGUUUUCGUUGGAAAUGCACUUGUGACUAUGUAUUCAAAGUGUGGUUAUAUAGUGGAAGGUGAAAGAGUGUUUCUUGAAAUGUCGUGUAAGGAUUUGGUUUCGUGGAAUGCAUUGCUCUCGGGGUAUGCACAGGAAGGGGGUUAUUCAGGGGAGGCUGCCUCGGGGUUUAGGGAAAUGAUGAGGGAAGGGGUGAAACCUGAUCAUGUGUCGUUUACUAGUGCUGUAUCUGCUUGUGGACAGGAGAAAUGUUUGGAGCUUGCGAAACAGAUACAUGGCUUGGUUAUUAAAAUGGCGUAUGGUACUCAUGUUUCUGUGUGUAAUGUUUUGAUAUCAUUGUAUUAUAAGUGCGAUGUGACUGAAGAUGCGAACAAGGUUUUCCAAAGUAUGAAUGAACGUAACGUUGUGUCUUGGACAACAAUGCUUUCCAUGAAUGAUGAAAAUGUUGUAUCUAUUUUCAAUGGGAUGCGGAGAGAUGGGGUUUACCCCAAUCACGUUACGUUUGUUGGAUUAGUUCAUUCUAUAACUGUCAAGAAUUCGUUGACAGAAGGCAAAAUGGUUCACGGAUUUUGUUUAAAGACAAACUUCUUCUCUGAACUGAAUGUUGCUAAUAGCUUCGUUACCAUGUAUGCUAAGUUUGAAUUAAUGGAAGACGUGUUAAAGGUUUUUGAAGAGCUCGACCAGAGAGAUCUCAUAUCAUGGAAUGCUUUGAUUUCUGGAUAUGCUCAAAAUGGGAUGUCUCGAGAAGCUUUACAAACAUUCUUGUCAGCGUCAAUGGAGUUACCACCAAAUGAAUACACGUUUGGCAGUGUCUUGAGCGCAAUUGCCUCAUCUGAGUGUAUUUCAUUAAAGCAUGGCCAGCGAUGCCAUGCUUGUUUGAUAAAGCGGGGAUUCAACAGCAAUCCAAUUGUUUCAGGUGCUCUCCUUGACAUGUACGCAAAACGUGGGAGUAUCUCUGAAUCUCAAGGAGUUUUCGAUGAGGUAGCAGACAGGAGUCAAGUUUCAUGGACUGCUAUUAUUUCUGCUCAUUCGAGACAUGGUGAUUAUGAAUCAGUUAUGGCUUUGUUUGAGGAGAUGAAGAAGAAAGGCGUGAGUCCGGACUCAAUAACGUUUCUUUCUAUACUAACAGCAUGUGGUCGAAAAGGAAUGGUUGAUACGGGAAUAGAUAUCUUCAAUUCCAUGGUUAGAGAUUAUUCCAUCGAAUCAUCUUCAGAGCACUAUGCUUGUAUGGUGGACAUGUUUGGUCGCGCAGGGAGGCUAAAGGAAGCUGAAUUUUUCUUGGCUCAGAUUCCCGGAGGACCUGGCUUGUCCGUGCUGCAAAGCUUACUUGGUGCUUGUAGGAUUUAUGGAAAUGUUGACAUGGCAACAAGAGUAGCCAAUACAUUAAUCGCGUUAGAACCAGAGCAGUCAGGCUCAUAUGUCUUGAUGUCGAAUUUGUUUGCAGAGAAGGGGCAGUGGGAUAAGGUAGCAAAUAUCAGAAAAGGAAUGCGAGACAAGGGAGUGAAGAAGGAGAUAGGAUUCAGCUGGGUAGAUGUAGGUAGCAUUGAGUAUUCUUUGAAUUUGCACGGAUUUUCAUCGGAUGACAAGUCUCAUCCGCGGACUGAGGAGAUAUAUUGGAUGGCGGAAUGUAUAGGUUCAGAGCUGAAACAUUUGGAGCGCGACAAAGAAGAAAGUGAGUUCGUGACAUUAGCCUGUAUUAUAUGAGUUCCUUGAACCUAUGUUGCUCAGGCUCUUUAAAUAUGGCGACAGGUGCAUGUCUGAUCCUCCAAAAGUAGUGCAUUUUU